AUGGGGAGCCAGCUGUUCCCGCACAUAUCUGUUAUGUGUGAUGCCUCACCGAAAGGCAAGCUGGAUGCCCCCCGGUUGCACCAGUCAAUUCAGUCGUACACCCAGCAUGGAUUCGUUUCGACUAAGUUGUGGAUGCCCCUGAUCACAAUGGGGAAUUUCGUUGCGAUUGGAACCGUCCAGAAGCUGAGUACUCUCUUGCCCUCCUCUGCGACAGCACAGCAAAAGCUUGAAGCAGCAACACUGGUUGCAGAGUCAGCGACGGCUUCUUUGGCAUGUGAAGCUAACAAGAAGGCCGCGAAGAAAAAACUGCAACUGGAUACAACUAGUGCAGUGUGUCAUUCGCCCAAGGCCUUGGGAGCUGUGCGAGAGCAACGCCUGGCGGCAAAGCAAGAACUGAAGGCCGUUCGCAACAUACUGGAGCAUGCCAACUUCGACCUGGAUAGCAUCUUUUCCGCCAGCCCCUUGAGAGCAAUCGACCCCGCACAUGAAGUCAGAACCGAGCACCGAGUAGGAUGUGAUGCCCUCGCCUUCUAUGUCAACGCGACCACGGGCGACUGCACCUGGGCGGCGGUCAUGCCCGAGGCCGACACGACUGUGCGACUUGUGUUGGCUCCGGACGAGGGGGGCCCUCUGUUUGCCUGCUACCAGUACUUAGCACUUCAAGGAGCGAAGGUGACCUUGAAUCGAGACGCCCUGCACAAGCUGCACGCCUAUUGUGGUCGAGUGACGAGCUGCUCCCCGACAAUCAAGCGAAUGUGCGAGCUGUCGGGCUGGCUGUUCAGAUCGAAGAAGAGCCCCUGGGGCACCCAUGCCACCGGCAACAACUUGUCUGAAGGUUGUCUUCGCUACUUGCAGGUAGCAGAAGCCGGCGAUGCUUUGAUGCAGCUCUUUGGAAGAGAUAUAUUGAAGGAGCGGAAUGGAGUCGAGGAAACCGCUGACGAGCACCUCAACUUUACGAGGACUGUGGAAAUUCUGGGGAAGGCGGCGAAGAACAAGAAGGGGUCCUUCUCGUGGUCCAGAUGGUGUUCCUGGGCACACACAGCAGCCAACUACCAGUACAGCUGCCAUUUGUUGCAACUCUUCUGGAGUGCGAUGGAGGUGCCAGCAGACCAAACCAUAUCAUUGUCUAGACUGAUAAUAGUCUGUAGUAACUUAGUAGUGUGCAAUGGUCGUAAUUAUUUUAUGAAUUACAUAGUGGGAUGA